CGCACCGCGGAAGGCUUCUUUCUUCACCCCCUCCCUCAACUGCAUGGCAACCAACUCCUCGUCUCGUCUCGUCUCGUCUCCUGCCUCUUGUCGUGUCCACCUAUAUAACACGGGGGUCCGCGGCGGCCACGAACUCAAUCGAUAUCGAACGGCGUCCGCGGUUGGAGCAGUGCUUAGCCAAGGCCAUUGAUCGCCACCGAAAACCUCCCUCUCUCUCUCUCUUCUCGGUUCGCCGCGCCUCGCCUCGCCUCGCCACUAGUCCCAUCGGAUCUGUCCAGCUGACGAUGCCGCCCAUGGCGAACACGACGGCGACGGACUCCGCGGCGCGGCGCUUCGCCGUGGCAUGCGGCGUGCUCAGCCAGUACGUCAAGGCGUCCGGCGUGGCGGUGCCGAUGGCGUCGACGGGUAGCUGCGGGACGGAGCAGCGCGUGAUGGGGGGCCUUGUCCAGGAACCCGGCUCGCCGGCGGACGGGGCGCAGCAGCUGACCAUCUUCUACGGAGGGAGGGUGGUGGUGCUCGACGGCUGCACGUCGGCCAGGGCCGCCGAGCUGAUCCGGUUCGCCGCGGCGGCCGCCUCGCAGGGAGCGCCCGUCGUACAUGCGCAGGCGUCGGCUCCCGCGCCGGCGUUCGUCGACAUGCCGAUCGCGAGGAAGGCGUCGCUGCAGCGGUUCCUCUCGAAGCGCAAGGACAGGUCCGCCACCGAGGUUCCUCCGCCGUACGCGCACCGCGAGGAGGCGCCGCGGCCGCCGCCGGCGAAGAAGGGCAAGACGGAAGCUUCCUCCUGGCUCGCCCUGGGUAGCUUAGGGGGCAUGCACGCGAAGUGAUCGCCUCGACAUGCAUGGCAACGUCGGUACAUCGUGCUCUGAUCAGUGGGGAGUUGAAUCAACCCUUACUACUUCCGUAGCACGGUGCUAUUAACAUCUACUCGUAGUAGUAAGUAGUAGUAAUACUAUUGAUCAAUUCAAGCCACAUGAUCGUGGUAUCCAUCCAUUUAACCCAUGUUUAUGUUUCUUAAUUUAUUUAUGUUGUAUAUAUGAACCUUGUGUUGCCAUGUUGCGCGCCUCAUAUAUACGGGUGCGCCGUUUAUUUUAUUUUAAAUUUUAUGAACAA